GAUCAAAAUCGAAAGGAUGGGCAAACGAACGCGCGAGCGCGAGGAGGCCGCGUUGCUGCCGAUGGCCAAGCGGCUGCAGCAGUCGGCCGAUGCGAUCAUUGUCAAGCCCAAGGCCGAGGAAGAUGACCUCGAAGCGCAGAUCAAGGCGCUGGAGGCUGACCUCGGCUCGAGCUCCGACGACGACUCGGAGAGCUCUGGCGACGAAGCGCCGGCCGCCGUCGUGAACUUGUCCGAGUACCAGAACGACACUGUCCCAUCGCUCCCGGGCGAGCUCCUGCCCAAGGUUUCUUGCCAAUCAAACAAGGUUGCCACGCACAAGAAGCCCAAGAAGGCGGUCGAGCCGGCGGCCAAGGUCAAGAUCGUGGGCAAGGUUCCGUUCGCGUGCAAACCCUGCGGCUUCAUCGGCGUUGACCUCGACGACUUCUUGGCGCAUAAGAAGACGACUGCGCACCUCGAGGAGUGUGGCCAGGUCGGCUUCAAGUGCAAGCUCUGCGUCAAGGAGUUUACGAGCGCCGACCAGCUCGCCGAGCACAAGCUGGGCAAAUGGCACCUCAUGCGCGUGCGCACGAAGAAGGACAAGUUUGUCGUCCAGGGCCCGCGCGUCUGCUACGAUUUUAUGCGUGGCCAGUGCUCGUACGGGGACAAGUGCUCGUUCGAGCACAGCGCCAAGUCCAACGCGACGAAGGUCUGCAAUCAGUUCCGAGCGGGCAGCUGCCGGUUUGGCGACAAGUGUAUAUUUGCACACACGAAAGAAUAGAGCGUUGUUAUUACAUGCA